AUGCCGGUUCCUGAUGAAGACAUGGGAGAUGAUCUGGUUCUGUGGAAGCAAGGAGAGGACGAGUUUCAAGACAGUUUCUCGACAGCAAGUACUUGGGAGCAGAUUAGGCACAAAAAGCCUAAGGUAGACUGGUCUGAGGCUGUAUGGUUCACGCAAAGCACACCUCGGUACGCUUUUAUCACUUGGUUAGCAGUCCAAAACCGGCUUUCUACCGGAGACAGGAUGAGGAGCUGGGGUAUUACGCAGGGGUGUGGACUUUGUGGAGAAAGGGAUGAGACAAAAGACCAUCUCUUCUUUGCUUGUCCCUACUCCUUCACUGUCUGGGAAGGUCUAGGGAGAGGGUUCUUUGGACGCAGGACCAACCCUGACUGGUAUAUCACACUCAAUGCGAUCAAACGCAAAAGGGAAAAUAGACUUGACUCCAUCCUACUCAAGAUGAUCUUCCAAACAGUCAUUUACCACAUAUGGAGAGAGAGAAACUCAAGGCGGCAUCAGGGCAACUGGGUAUCGACGAACCGAAUGCAUAAGGCCAUUGAUCGAUCGAUGAGAAAUAGGAUAGUGUCGCUGAAGUAUGGUCCGCAGCAUCGAUAUGCUGGACUGUUACAGAGAUGGUUCGAGCUCACGGCUUAG